UUUUCCUGCUACCCCUCAUUGAGCCACUUGAGCUUGAAGCAGAUGGAAAGAUUGUAGUGGGGGGAAAGUAAGCAAGCAGCAGAGAGAGAGUGAGUAUUGGAAGAAGCCAUGCAGAGAGUGAGGCAGCCCAGAGACGAUGCUUGAUGAGCUGACCACCAGAAAGUCUUUCUUCCAAUUUGCCUCAGAGAGACCAAGGAAUCAGACAGGACAGCCCUGAGGGGAGACAUCAUCUCAUCGUCCCAGCUGACGGGCAAAACCCAGCCCAGGACGUGUAGAGCACAGAAAAGAAAAAAAGAGUUAGAGACGAGGAGAGGAGUUCUGCAGAUGAGAGUUAAAGCAGGGAGGCAGAGGGAGAUGCUCAGAGGGACCAGGUAGUCAGUGACCAAAGUGAAAUAAGUAACAGGAUUGCUGAAGGUGUGUCCACAAAGACUGCUCAAAGAAAGGGCGACACCAGAGUCACCCGAACAAAAGCAAGUGAACCAGAGAGUGAAAGAGCGAGAGCAGGCAGAAUCAGAGGAACGAGCUAGAUAAGGAUGGCCAACUCAGGUCUCCAGUUGUUGGGCUACUUCCUGGCAUUAGGCGGAUGGAUCGGCAUCAUCUCCACCACCGCCUUGCCCCAGUGGAAGCAGUCGUCGUACGCUGGCGAUGCCAUCAUCACAGCCGUGGGUCUGUACGAGGGGCUGUGGAUGAGCUGCGCCUCGCAGAGUACAGGACAGGUGCAGUGCAAGAUCUUCGACUCCAUGCUCUCGCUGGACAUCCACAUCCAGACAUGUCGGGCCCUCAUGGUAGUGUCGGUACUGCUGGGCUUUAUCGGCAUCAUUGUCAGUGUGGUGGGCAUGAAGUGCACUAAGGUGGGAGAUAACAACCCAGCCACCAAAACCCGCAUCGCAGUAACCGGAGGAGCACUCUUCCUGCUCGCAGGUCUAUGUACACUGGUGUCUGUGUCCUGGUAUGCCACUCAGGUGUCCUAUCAGUUCUUCAACCCAAAUACACCGCCCAAUGCUAGGUAUGAGUUUGGCUCGGCCCUGUUUGUGGGCUGGGCGGCGGCCAGUCUGACGGUCCUGGGCGGCUCCUUGCUGUGCUGCUCCUGCUCUAAAGACGACAUGCGAGGGCAGCAAUAUUACCGCCAAUCACAGCCUUCCACAGCCAGGGAACCAAAUGUUAAAAGUACCCCACCAGAGAAAAGGGAGCAGUACUUGUAGUUUGGGAGAGUCUUCUGGCCUUACCAUGGUUUAGAUUCUGUCAACAUGACAAAACCCUCUCACUGAGGAAUCCAAAACAGACAGACACCAUUAAAGAAAGAAUUUAUGAACAUCAACCUUUAAGCAUACUGCAGCAACAUAAAUUAGAGUCUCUGUUGGAGUAAAAUAAAUUGUUUGGGGAGGUUUUAUGAAAUUGAUAAAGAUGAUAUCCUUGUCUUGUCUGUUUUGUUGACUUUGGGAGAGACAGUCAUUCAGGGUAUGUUUUCUAUAACAUGUUAAAAUGCCCGGGUGUAUAUACCACCUAUUCUAUUCUUGUUUUUUUUUAUCUUUUUUUUUUUCUUUACUACAUAUAUAAUGUUUUACUACAGUGCCUUAUAACACAUGUUUGUGCACAUGUAUGUUUUUGACUUCGUGGAUUCUUUAGAGUAUCCCGUCCCGUCUGAGGGAUGUGUGUCCAUAGCUCCUCUGCCAGCAGUUCUGUACGCCUUUAUUUGUUAUUAUUGUUGGAUUUCUGAAAAUGAAUGUGAAGCUACUCUGCAGUACCACUUACGGAACAACAAUGACACACGUACGAUAGAUCUUCAGCAUAGUGCCUUAUGCCACUGUUUGUAAGAAGCUGUGUGCCUGUUUCCAAGUAGCCUGGAUUGAGGAUAUACCCAGUACAUUUAUUUUGUUUGGUUAAGUGCCAAUAUGAUUUUGUGUGAAUGACAGAGUCGUUGUAUUAUUGACUCUAAAGGAUGUACUGUACCGUGUGCUGUCUCCUGUACUAAGGAACGCCAGUUUGCUGAGCGUUCAAAUGCCCCUCUGAUGCCUGCAUUUAUUUACCAUGCCAUUCCUUUCUCUAAUAUUUACCCCCUCGAUGUUGUGUAUCAUCUCAUUUAGCCCUGUCUGUUUCUUUUAGAAUAAAGUAAACAGAGACAUAAAAA